ACAGUGAACAUUUCUAUGGCAGCUCUGGAGAUGUCUCUUUUGAAGGUCUACAUCGAGCAUUUUGCUGUCAGGAUGGGCCAAGGAAAGAAGAAGCUGACUCAUGUAGAUGCUCCACCGGGUGGCGGUGUCAGCUUCUCCAACUUGGUGAUAUCAACAUUUAACCACCUAACUCUCAACUUCAAGGAGGGCAGUAGAAGUUUACGAUUGAUGGACAAUGCUGAGGGUAGCAAGAACAGAGACGACCUCUCUGGAGUCCAUAAGUUUGAGGAGAAUCACGACCAAAGGAUGGACUGCACAGAGGAUGCAAUACAAAACAGCCACCACACUCGCACGUUUACAGACUCCAGAAUUCAGAUUUCUCCACAAAGCUUAGGCUCUCCUCAGUACGCUACAGUUUCCUUGUCAAGUCCUGGUCUGAUGCUACUGCCUCAACCUCAAUCUGUGCCUCAGAGUGCUGCUGCAUUCAUUGAAAAUGUGUUCCAUGAGACGAGGUCGCGUGUUAGGAUCUCAUGGAAUCAUGGUGGCAAUCAAGUAGCCAUUGUUGGAUCAUGGGAUAACUGGCAGUCGAGAGAGCUCCUGCAGAACACUGGUGAGAAGUUUGUGGUUGUUAAAACUCUGCCGGUCGGUAUCUAUCACUACCACUUUAUAGUUGAUGGUUGGUUGGUUUAUGCUCCAGAUCUACCUUGGUCUCGUAAUGAUUCAGGGAAUGCUUACAAUAUUUUAGACUUGCCGGGCUAUGUUUCUGAAUUGCCUGAAAGUAUGUUCGAGUUCGAAACUCCUCCGUCCCCGCCAUCGAGUUACGACAACCAAUACUUUAACGAAGACGAUUUCGGCAGGCCUCCACCAGAACUACCUCCACAGCUGCAAGGAACCAUUUUGAACGAUCCAUCUUCUUCGGUUGAUGGUCGACCGUUGCCAGUUACGCCUCAAAAUACAGAACUAAAUCAUCUCUAUUUGCAGAGAAAUGUCCAAGAUCAGUUUUUAGCACUUGGAUCUUCUCAAAGGAUUCAUGAAAAGUAUUAUACUAUGUUUCUAUUCAAGCCUUUGUCAAGAACAAGUUCUGUAGGUUGAGGAAGCAUUAGUGCAGCUAAAAGGAGAUUCUUCUCACUGAGCAUAUCAAUUCAAUUGCUAUUUACUCUGGAAAUCGGUAUCACUCUUACAAAAUCUUCCCCAUCCCUUCAGUUAUCUGUUUAAAUGCGUUCUGGUCGUCUUUCCAUCGCAUUGAACAUAUCAUUAUUGUCGAAGAACAUGUCAUUACAUAUACACUCCUGAGCUAGCAUUAGCAGUAAACCAUUUUGGCAGAAAACGCAUGGUACUUUUUUGUGAGAUCGGAGAACGAAACAUCCCUUAUAAGGGUGUGGAAAUCUGGGAUACGUUUAAAAAACCUUAAAGGGAAGCUCUGGAAGAAAAAACCCAAAAAAGACACUAUCGGCUAGUAGUAGACUUGGGCUAUUACGAUUUUAGCUAUCCAUUUCUCGGCCCUUACAUCGAGUUACCUCUGUAGAUUUAGUUAGUUACAUGUUGAAAAUGUUGAGGGUGUGGAAGCCUCUCCCUAGUAGACGCGUUUUAAGCCCUCGAAGGACAAUAUAUGUUAGCGGUUCUUGGUUCUUGCGUCGAAUUAGGUCGGUAGAUUUAGUUAGUGAAUGUAGGGGAAGAAAUGGAGAAGUAGUUUAAAGGGCAGAAUGAAGGAGGCAUCUGUUUCAGAUUUAUGGUGUGAGACAUCGCUAUCUGAGACAGUAAGAGGAGUGGAGAUAGACGAAGUAAUGGGUGAGAGUCAGAGAUGAAUCUGUCUUUGUUGUGAGGGGGAAUGGACGAAGUAACCCAACAAUUCCUGUCUUCUCUUUGCUUCUUCUAAGCUGAAUCUGUGUUGUCUUUGAUGUGAAGGGGGAUGGAUGAUGAUGAAUAACUUUCCAAAUCUUUCAUUUCACCUCAAACAUCUCACUUAAUUACCAUAAUAAUAAAUUCAAAAUAAAUACAACCAUUUAAUUCAAACUCAAAAAUAUCCACAAAACAAGAGUUCGACCCAAUGCUUUAUUUCUCUCCUAGUUGAUCCCGAUUCAACAUUAGAAGUAUAUUGAUUUUUCCCCAAUAACUGAGUACUUUUGUAUGUAAAUACUGCAUAUUUGAUUUCAUCCAUAAAUUUUCUUCCCUA